CGGCCCACGGCUAGCGCGAGUCGUUUCCCUCUCCUCACGUGCUGCAGACUCGACGUAGCGUUGCUGUACUUCGCGCGCCUCUCUCUCCACGUUCACGCUAAAAAGAAGAAGCCACCGAGAACGAACGCCGAAGGAAACUCGUUGUGUUCUGUGUUCGUCGAAACGUUGGACGUCCUUCUAUUGUGUUACUACUUCACUGGUGCGCGCCUCUGUGGACUAUGGCCGGCAGCACCAAGCUUCACGACGCGGUACGCCACGACAGAUGCCGUCUCAUCGCUCGGCUUGUCGCCGAAGGCACCCCCGUGGACGCGGUGGACUCUAGCGGCAACUCGGCGCUGUUCGUGGCCAUCACCGAUGGACCUGUCAGCGCAGUCCCUUACCUAUUGCAAGCCGGCGCUGACCCGAACUUCCGAUGCAGCGAGGGUGCCACUCCCGUGCACGCGGCGUGCCGCCGAGGCAGCCGGGCCCUCCUGCAGCAGCUGCUGGAGUGCGGUGGGGACCUGCGGCUGCGCGACGCCUCGGGCCGCACACCGCAGGACUGGGCGCUGGGGCACGCCGACCCGCAGUGCCGGCGCAAGCUGGUAGCCUUCAUUAACACCAAGCGCGCACUGGCCUACCGGUUUGGCGACGCGGCUGCCCUGCUGGACGACGACGCGGCCGGUGGUGGGACCGGCGUGGACGGAUCACCUAGCAAAGGGGGCGCGGCGGCAGCUGCCUCGUUGCGCCGACGCCUGGUCGGCCGGCCCGCGGUGCCCCGCAGACCCUGGUGCGGCGAGAGGAUCCGCGCCGACGGAGGAUUCGGAGUGGUGUACUGCAGCCCGGCCCGUGAGACUGGGGUCACCACAUUUGUGCCAUUUAUAGCAAGCAACUACCUGUACAACUCUGAAGACAACAACAUCACCUGGAGCGGGCCACAGUCGCUCAUGCAGACCAUGUACUGGGACAAGCUGAAAGUGUCUGUGAAGAAAUCCUCACUCAACGGCAGCCACAGCCGGGGGCCCGGCUCCGACAUCCUCAUCACCGAGCUGGAGAAAAUCCGCCGGCUGAGCUUCCACCCGUACCUGCUGUGGCCACUGGCUGUGAGUCCCGUGCAGAACAUGGAUGACAUGCUGCUCGUCUUCGAGUGUGUCCACUUCGGCAGCCUCUUCGACGUGCUGCACAAUGCACAGCACCUCCUGGCCAGUGGCCCCCUCGACCAGAGUCGUCUGCUCCUCUUGCUCCAGCAGACGUGCGAGGCACUGCUUUUCUUGCACAGCCGGCACUGGGUGCAUGGGUGCGUGUCCUCCCACUGCAUCUACGUGGUGUCGCCGUGCCUUGGAAAGCUCGGAAACUUCGAGUUUGUGCAGCGCAGUGAGGAUGCGGAGGGUGGUGAUGCGGCCUCGUACAGUCCACCGGGCGACGACUUCCUUGACUUCUACUGCCACUGGCUGGCCCCCGAGGUGCUCACUGGCGGUCGUCCCACCAAAGCGGCUGACCUCUACGAGUUCUGUGUUGUCCUGUGGGAGCUCUUCACCGAGGAAGUGCCAUGGGGCUCGGCAGAGCGUGCGGCGGUGGAGCGCGCUGUGACGCAGGAACGCCGAGGACUGUCCCACCGGUCGGAGAUCCCGCCACCACUGGACACCCUGUUGCACACUGCCCUGGCGCUGGACCCCGCCGAAAGGGGCAUCGACCUCGAGGAUGUGUACCAAGCACUGGCUGCCGCUGUGCAGGAGGGCCAAGGCAACGUCGGCUUUGCCGUCGGGCGGCUGGAGCAGGCGGGCGACACGGGCCGAAUCAAGUCUACGCCUGGCAAGCCACUUCCAUCCCGUCAGGCCUCGACCGUCGAGGUGGAGCAUGCCACCUUUGUUCACCGGCCAACCGUAAUAAGGCGUCGUCCUCCAUCCAUCGCUGCAGAUGACGUGUCGGAUAUUGUGGAGGAGCUGAUCUCCCUUGCGGAUGAGGAUAGGGCGGCCCCCCUGCACCGUACUCCGCCACGGCGGCCCAGUCGGUCACAGCCACCACGGGGAGGCUUUACUGCCACCGCGGCAUCAGUUCAGCAGGACUUGCUGGACAGCAAGUUUGACCAGAUAUCGCUCUCCUCCAGCCUGGACCCAAUGGACUUUGCCACGGACCCGCCCAAGGUGCCCACAUUCUCAUCAAGGCCUGUGGACAAGCCCUCCUAUGAGGCAUGCACUCAGACAGAUCCCGAGACCCCACCGACACUGCGGCCACGCACCAGGGGUUUUGUGCCCGGAACCAGACCAACAUCGGUAAGCGACCCGAGGACUUCGUCGCACUUCUCGGACAACCUGCUGCUCGACUCUGAAGAUGUGCCCGCCAAGGCAUCCUCGGCAAAGGUCGUCCACCAGCCGGCUGCCGUCACUGCCCAACAGCAGCCCCAGCAGCAGAGCGUGAUCAGCGGCGGCAGCGGCAGCGUGCGGCGCACGGUGCGACCCUGCAAGCCAGCCAGCCACUCGUACGGGGUGUCGCCGUUCGUGCAUGGAGGCACCAGUCGGAUCAUGUCCUCUGCAAGCACCCAGCAACACCGGACCGCGAUGGACUCAUCCACCACCACGUACAACACUGCACACACUGAGCUGUCCAACCAACAGCAGCAGCAACAGUGGCGUGUGCGUCAGGGCAUUGUGGAAACCCGCCACCGUCAGCAGACCUCAUUUGCCACCAGGGGUACCAAUGUGUGCCGCAUGGAUGAUGCCAUCCUGGAGGGCCUUGGGGAUGGCGAGCGAUACCACAAGCAAGUGGUGGGCCGCUCCGUGUGUGCCGAGACCACAUCACAGCCCAGGAAGCUUGAAGAAGAGGAUAGGACGCUGGUGGCUGACUACUCUCUACCUUCUGGCUUGGCAAUGAUGGGCGACGACGUUGCCGAGAGCAGUGAGGUCAAGUCGGUGCAGACUGAGCCCCACCACGCGUACAAGGUGGAGGUGGUCACCAUGACGUGCCCGGUGAUCCAGCACACACUCACGGUCACCAGCACCAACCUGCUGACGGGCGAGACCACCGUGACCGAGGAGUCCACUGGCGCCGAGGUGGUACAGGUCCAGUGGAACCCCGACCAGAUCAACAUCACCACGCCCGACACCAGCCUCAACUCAUCAACGGCUGCUGCCGGCGUGCCUGAUGUUUCGCCAGCCACGGCGCCACCAGCACCAGUGCACGACUAGUUCGCACAUGCGCCUGUUGCCUUGUGUUUGCAAUUAAAACUGCCGUUUCAGUGCCUU